AUGCCGAACCCACCAUGGCAGCGACUUACCCGCGACCAGCUGGUCACAAUAAUUGGCGACUAUUACAAGUUUUUGACAACAUUCUACAUACCUUCCUCGGCACUCAAAUUCCCACCUCCAGGAGGGUGGCCCAACAUCACCCCAGAGACUACGAAAGACUUUCCCAGAUCGCCGAUCGUAGUUGAUCCGCUCAGACACCUGCCGUACAUCGAUGAGAAGGAAUCCGGAAACAUGAUUACCCACAUCCACUACAAAUGCAAUGUUGUAGACUAUUCCACGGUGAAGCCAGAUCAGUGGGGCCACGAAGACUUCCAACUUGGAGCGAGUUCGAUAAUCGAGUGGAUUGAAGAGCUAAGGGGGGACGAUUUGAAUGAAGAUUACGAUGACGACGAUGAAGGGUACUUAUGGUAUCGGGACGAGAGUAGAGAUAAAGAUUUCGACAAAGAAGAAAAUUGGUGGAAUGGUGACGACCCUGAAGAAAUCAAGCUGGAGAACAUGGUUGUCCUAGCCGAUGGCUACGAAAGCGGUGGCCGCUGUCUCGUGCUCGACGUCUUCAAGGGCAACAUCCACGAAGACAUGACCUCAUGCAACCUUCUCAGCGAAGUGCCAGUCGAGCAGUUCUUCGCAAGACUGAAAACCAAGCUUGAGAACCUGGAAAUGGUUCCCGUACCCGGAAAAAAGGGUUACGAGGGUGACAUGUACGGAGAUGUACAGGGCGUGCCGGAGGUCGACGUACUCGAUGAACCAUUGGUUGAAGGAGAUCCUGCACAGCAGUACAAGAGGAUCUACCGAAGCUUUGGCUGGCCUGGUGAGAUGUACAGAAAAGAGGAGGCUUUGGUAGCCAUCAGUGCACACAUCCAGCGCAGGCUCGAAGCGGAGGAAGCUUGGUACGAAGAGCAAGGGUCUUCGUGA